UGAUUAACUGCCGUUGUCAUCUCCACGUUUAAACUGUCAUGGCGGAGAAAGAGAUACUUUUGGACGGCCAACUGGACUAUUUACCACCGGAAAAGCAAAAUAUAAAACAAAGGUAAUAUGCGCUACCUUUGCUUUUCUAGUAAAAUUUAAUAAUUUAUGGAAUAAGUAAUUAAAAAUAGCACUACGUAAUCUACCACUUGAGCGUCGGCCAAGAAAAAAUCCAGCUGUUCAGUUUGGAAGGGCUAUUUAAACAACUAUUCAUAGACUAUUCUGACUAUUCUUAUAUUAUUUUUAAUGACAUUGGUUGUACUAUUCAUUCCCAUUAUAUUAGACAAUUUUUUUAAAAUAGAAAAACUAAAACAAUUUUUUUGAAAUAGAAGAUAAUGUGUGAAAAUGGAAUUAUGCAUAGUUAUCCCCCAAGUUGACAAUGAAGUUUAAAAAAAAUAUAAUUUCCACAAAAACGUUUGUGGUACAUGAAUCCACGUAAAUAUGAAGGGGAAAGAUCACCGGCGCUUCUUGUGCUAAACUGUCUUUUCAGUUUAUGCUUUCUGAGCAUUCACGUUUUCCACAUUCUGUGUGUGGACAUCCGCGUCAUCUGGAUCAAAAAAAAAAAAUUGUUGUCCCUUUUUCUUCUUGGCAUAUCGGUAGCUUGGCAGUAAUAAGUAUUUAAAUGUAUUAGUAUUAGUAUUGUGCUAUAUAACUUUAUAGCCUCUAUACGGAAGCAAAAAUAUUUACAGACUCCAAUGUAAGAAUAGUUGUUUACAUAGCCCUUCCAAUCGAAAAAACUGGAUUUUUUCUUGGCCGACGCUCAAGUGGUAGAUUACCUAGCAUUUUUUAAUAAAUAGGCUUAAGCAGUACCUAAAUUAAAAAUACUAAGACUAAAUAAUCAAUAUAAAUUAUGAUUAAUUUAAUGAUGAGCAUGGGCAAGAUGUGUUGCAUUGCAGAUAACAGAGAUAUGAGACAUGAUAUAAUUGAGACUGAGACAAUCCAAUAUUUGUUCUGUUCAAAUUUUAAAAAGUUUAAUCUUUUUACUUUUUUAGAAUCAUGUCCCUAUCAUUGACGAGUGUUCCAGCUCGAGAAUGGUUUUCAAAGACAAGAGAAAGUGUCAAGCCCUGGCAAGAGUUUAUCAAUUCCAAGAAGUUUGGUUUUCCCAAAUCUCUCGCUCCUCUUCCAAAAAGAAUUGUGAAGAAUAUUGAAACAUUUCAGGGCAACUACCUUUUUGUAUUUCUAGGACUAGUUGUUGUCUGCAUGUAAGGACCGUACACAGUUUCAGUUAAUUUAUGUAUCAAUAGUGUAAAAUGUCAGGGUUCUUUUACUUCUAUAAAUAGGCCUUAUACUAAUACCCACUAUUAAAUAUGCUAUAGGGAUUAACAAUAUAUUAGUGGCCAUCCCUAAAUGAUGUUACAAUAUUUGUCUGAUUGUGGAAUCCCCACACCAAUCAUCAUAAACUUGUCACAGAAUUAAGAUUAAGAAACUUUCACAACAGAUCCUCUCAAAGUCAUGAUUAUUUCUUCCCCCCCCCCCUCUCCUCCUGCCAAGUGCAUAACAUCAUUUAUGGAUGGCCUCUUAUGUGUGCUGCUUAGUUUGACUAAAACUCAUAUCAGUAUCAACCAUUUAAAAUAUUCAAAUAUUUAUUUUCAAUAUUGAAUAUUUGAGUAUUUUCUUCAAAAACUAUUAAGGCAAGGCCAUUACUGUUUCAAUUAUUUUGAUUUCAGUCUAACAUCACCUCUCCUUCUGGUUGCUAUUGCUGCCUGUCUUGGUGCCUGCUACAUCAUCAGUAUUAAAAAUCAAGACAGGAAGAUUUCUGUUAUGGGUAAAUUCUAAUUUAAAAAAUUCAUUUCUUGGAGUUGCAUUACAGCUAAAUGUUCCAUUUGUUGGUUUCAAUGUCCUAAAAAAAUAUUGCAUGAAUCAUCAUUUACAAAAAUAGGCCUAAGUUACUACAAAAAUGUAAUCAUAUGAACAGAUUUAAUUUGAUCUAUUAACCUAUAAUAAAAUUGCAGUAAGCAAGAAAUUAUUGUAGUGUGCCUUUAAAAUAGAUAAUAAACAAAGUUAUACUUGCUUUAAUUUCUCUAUUGUCACCAUUUUUUCUCUCUAGAGAUUCUGUGUUUUGUGUUUCAUAGAAUAAUUUUAAACUAUUGUUUAUGUGUAGGCCGAGAGCUCAGCUUAGCUCAGCAGUAUGCAGCUGUUGGGGCUCUUUCUUUCCCUUUGUUUUGGAUUGCUGGGGCUGGUUCUGCUGUGUUCUGGGUCAUAGGUAAGUAAUUUAGAUUUUCUUUGUUUAAUCAAGUUGGUGUUUGUUUUUUUAACUUAUGAAUUUAUAAAAUAUCCAAUGUUGGCUUUAAUUACUUCAUACUUAAACUCUUCACAAUCUUUUACUAAAUCACAAUUACAGUAUCAGAAAUAAAACAAGUAGUUUUUGCUUCUGGAAACAUUUUUUUUCCCAUUGAAUUUUCGUACAUAAAGUAACCAUAAUAAGCUUGCUUUGUCUUUGACCUGAUUUUGGCUGUGAUUAAAGAUUGAAACUGUAAAAAUAGUCUUAGCUAAAAUUACAUUUCUUGUCUUUAGUAUACCACUUACACUUAACUGAGGCAGAUAAAUUUUCCCAGGCACAGUAAAUAAAAACUUUUAAAUUUUUAUAACCAUCAGUACUAUCAUACUAUAAAAUGAAUUGUAAAUAAUGCAAACAGCAAUAUGAAGAUGAUUUUCACUUGUACAUGUGAUUAAAGCUCACAAUUCCCAGUGAGAAAGAGAUAUUUUUUAAAAAUUUAACGGGGGGGGGGGGGGGGCCUAAAAUUGGGGGGGGGGGGAGGGGAGCUCUAAUAUUAGUAAAACAUCAAUUUGGAUCAUAAAAAUAACAAAACUUAACGUUUUAAGUCUCAUACACUGAGUGGCACAAGGUUUUAAGUGAUUUAAGAGCUUGUCAUCCAAUGCUAACUUAUGGUUAAUGCUUGUCUGAUGACAAUUUUCUCUUAACUUUAAAGGGCUUUUCAUAGAGACAUCUUUCCGGCAUCUAAGAUACUAUGGCAUUCACAACCUUCUGGUUACCUACCAGUUUCCAUUUGAAUCAGGAUGGUGCACCAGAGAUAGACAGUUGUUAUUAUUAGAGCUCGAAACAUAUUUCACCACAUUUUAUUUGAUCUUGAGUGUUUAUUAACAGGGCGAUACUGCUGUGGUAAGCAAUGCUCACUUUUGAAUUUCAGGUGCUUCUUUCUUUGUGGUGAUGCUCCACGCCUCAAGCUACAUGACGCAAGAAGAGCAGGAAGGAUUUGAUCUUGAUGAUGGAGUGCAAACUGUUUAGAUGACUGUUAUUAUUGCAAGUGUACAGAUGGGAACAUUGGAUUGGGUUUACACUUAUUGAUCCUGUUGGAAGGUUAUUUUCCAAAUGGAUCUGUUUUUUUUUGUUUUGUUUUUUUGUUGUUGAUGGUGAUUUUUUUCCCUUGAACUUGAACAUUUUAUUUUUGCAGAAUGAUCCAUUUAGUUGCAUGCUAGCCCCGGAAACAAUAGGGCAUCUGUUGGCUUUGUGCCUUGCACUGGAUGUUGCUGGGGAAGAUUCACAUGUUGAAUGCUACAUGGCAAUGCCCAAAGGAUGGAGCAGGUUGCCACUGUACUAGCCAGGGCUCAAGCCCUAACCAGUGUAUUUAUGUUAGUUAAUUGGUUAUACAGCAUUGUGGAUUGGUUGGUUGCUCACUCCUGUACACACUUAUGUUGUUUUUUUAACCAGUCAGGUCAACACAUCUAAUGUGUUUGUUAGGUGUAACAGUUAGUUACCCACUCUUCUACACAUAUCCUGUGUUUGUAAUGUGUAACAGUUAGUCAUACACCUCUCUAUACAUAUGUGCUGGUUUUGUUUUAUAAAAAAAAAAAUCCUCUAGAUAUCUUCUGAUUGAAAAGUAUAAACAUUUUUACAGAACUUCAUUAACUGCCCUAGUCAGACUUUCAACUUAGGUGUCUUGGACCAUGAUGCAUGUGCAAGCAUUUCUUUUAUACCCAUAGCCACAGACUAUGACAAUGAUGAUUUAUAGAUGGACUGGGAAAAAACUCACACAUCACAAUGCAACAAUUAUGGGGUUGUGUCAUUAUGAAAAACCUUAAUUUCUUAUUGUAGCAUCAGUAAUGGAGAUGAGUUUAUGCUAGGUCUAGUUUAACCAAGAAAAUACUUGGCUGUUUGGUUGGUUUCAAUGAUAGCUGUGUGCAUUGCUCUACUUAAAAAGACUUGAUAUCAAAGGUUACCUACAAGUCAUUGAGGAAAAUCUAAAGAGAUGUUGGUUACUGUUUCAUGGGCCUUUAAGAACACCAUCUGUGGACAGGAUGACAGUACACGCAUGGGGGGGGGGGCGCUGGGGUUUACACAUGCCUGAUGUAGAGGCAUAUAACUGAUAACAAUAAAACUGAGUGCGACCCACAGUUUACUGUGAUGCCAUUUACUUUUUGGAAUAUCACCACUUAUAUGUGAUAUGUAUAAAAGAGACGGAUUUGUUGUUACCAACACUUAGAGAGUACCAAGUGCGGUUUUUGACCAAUGGAAAAAGUGCUUUCAAUGGUAAUAUGUGAUAGAUGCACUAAAAAGGUCUUGUUAACGGUACUUAAAGUAAAGUGUUAAUCCAAUAUUGUAUCAUUAAAAAACAUAACUAGACUUUGGCUUUUCAGUACUAUGAAUGUAAAUGACAACCAACUUGAAGCAAACAAACACUCAUGAAUACAUUCACUACAGUUAUUUUGAAAAUGUGUAAAUUUAAGUGUUUACCUACAUUUGCAUACCUUCAAGAUUCCUGCUUCAUAGACAGUUUUUAAGAACACAAAUAAUUUAUUGAAAAAUGUCUUGAAAGGCAUGUGUAAAGAAAAUGGUGUGGAAACGAUGUGUUGGACUAAAACCGUAUUUCAUAGAAUUCUACAUUUUUUUUUUACAACUUGUUAAUAUAUGUAAAUCUGGGUUUCAUGCAUUUUGUGGUAGCAAUGCAAAACAAAUCAGGAGGUGGCCAGCUAAGUGGUAUUUGAGAGCAGCAUAAUGUAUUCUUAUUUUCCCCCCAAAAGCACAUUUUUUUUUUUCAUACCACUACCACUUCCCAACUUUCACGAAGAGAGAAAGUUAUAAUCUGCCGUUUCACAUCUGCCAGAAUCGCUUGUUCCACUGCCUGUUUUUUUUUCCCCAUAAACAUGAGAGUAUCACCACUGACAUGUGCCAGUGCUGAACCGAGAGAAUGAAUACUGUACAUGGGAUUGUCCACAAUACAAAUGAAUACACGCUAAAAGAAAUUCUGACACCCCACCUCUUUUUUUAGUUUCCCCUCAGCCAACAAUAUCGCUUGAAAAGGCUUCAAUCAAAGCCAGGUCACCUCGGUACAAGCACAACUUUGUGAGGUUGCUACUGGAACUGACAUUCUAAAAUAUAUUAGUACUAGCAAUCCUUAUAUGAUGCAGAGAAGUGGGGGGAAAGUCUUGAUCUGUCCUUUGGCCACCCGUGUAUUGCGUGAAUUUACUCCAUGACCCUAGUCCAGUAUUUGCAGGUUUUUAGUGACUCUUUAAACUACCCAUUCGACUCAAAUAAUCACAUACAUUUGAGAGAAAAUUGUUUUAUAAAUUUGUAUUGAACACAAUUUUUAAAAAUAUGUAAGCAAUGUUCUUUCUAUUUGAAAACAUUCACGUUGAGAUUGAAUUAAAAUUAAAGACUCAGUAUUUUGAUAACAGUUUCUUAUUGACACUGAAUUGUAUUUCAUUAAGAUAACAAAUAACAGUAUUGCACUUGAAGCUACUCAAAUGUUGAAUGAAGUCAUAUUUUUGUGUGUUUCUACAUGUAUUGAAUUUAUUUUUGUCUUUAUUUGGGUCUGUCUGCAAUCAAUGGUAACAAAAUCUGAUCAUGUAUCAUUCAGACUUGUUUUUUUUUAAUUUUUUACUUUGUUUGAAUAAAAAGUUAGAAUUCUUUUUCUUAAAGGUGAGAACCCAAAAAUGUGCCAUGUUUUUUGUUGUUUUUUUUGUUUUAAAUUAAACAUAAAAGUCUGAAUCAUUUAAGAAUUUAUUAAAGUUUACUUAAUUUUUAAACUAUAACUAUAACAAUAUAAUUUAUUUGUCAAGUGUCAUUUUGAUCCUGAUCAUUUGCAAGAUGUUGACAUUUGAACUAUAAAACAUGAAUAAAUAAACUGCCAUUUAUAUAUAUACUGGUAUCAAAUAUAUUUAACAAUACAUUGAGAUUGAAUUUUAUGUUCCUUUUUGACUAUUGAGUUUUUUCUUUCUUUUUAAAUUUUUUUUCAUUUUUGAGAUCAACAAAGAACUUCUGACUUGUGAUUAUUAUUUGAUAAAGUUUGUUAUGUAAAUAUCUACCUUUGCAUUGAGUCCAUCAAGCAUGCUGGCCUGUUCGCUUACUGAACAUGAACCACGGCAAUAUUAAGAAGGAACUAAAGGUAAACAAUUUGUUAAGUUGAAAGGUAACUACCCCUAUAAUACUGCUGAACUUAAAAAAAUAAUAAUAGUAAUCUCUAGAUUAAUGGGACCAAAGCUUUUAUCUUGAAAGGGUAAUUGUUAAAUUUAUAAUGCCGGCAACUGAGAGUUAUGAAUACCAUUAGUACAUUGUUCAUCCUAGACUAUAUACUAGUUACCAGUCCUAGUACUAAGUAGUACUAACGAAUUCUUUGGAAAUUUGUUCAAAAUGAAAUUUUGUUAAACAGAUAUUUAUUUAUCUAAAUUUUCAAAGGUUCUUUAGGGAAAUUGUAAGUGAGAAAUAGGGGAAAAUGUCAAUUUUUAAAUGAAAAAAAAUUUGUUUUUUUCUAAUUAUUUAUUUUGGAAAAAAAGCUCUGUCUGUUCAAACAAUUUUUGAGUCAAAUGAAUUUCUUUCUGCAACCAUAUUACUAAUACUAUGUUAACUUGAUCAACUCAAGGAUUGUUCAAUGUGACCACACCGAGGUUUCGGCCCACUUGUUAUAACAAUCACCAGCAUUUUUUAAAAAUGAUUAUGCCACCGCCACUUAUAAAAUAUAUUAGAUUAUAUUAAAUGCACCUUUGAUGAGCUAAACUUGUGAAAAUAUAUAUCAAUUAUUCAAAUCCCUGGCACAUGCAACUAAUAGAAGUUUCCCCAUUUGUGUUAGCUUAAAGUACAAAUGAAUGAAUGAAUAAUUCAGGAAACUUAAAGAUAUUGGCUAGCAAAUAAAGACGAGC